AUGGCAAGUGGAAACCUCGACAGUGACAUUUUGUGUGAUCCUUGCUCAUGUCAACCGCGCAUCGGUGAGAGAGCGCAGAAGAAGCGAGCUGGCGUGUGCGCCAAUGAGCGGGCGCUCUGCGCCGGGGAGGAGGGGCAGCUGACGCUGUGGGACCUGCGAAGCUCCGUGGCGCUUUGUGAAGUGAAAGGAUACUUCGCGAGCUGCGCCUUCGACGGCACAGUGAAGCUGUGGCAGAUUCAGGAGGACACAUUGGAAGAGAUCUCAGCGAUGCCACGGAAGCACCAGGAGACCGUGGUUGACUGCUGUGCCACGAUGGCGGGCUAUGCCGACGAGUUUCCAGAGGACGCGUCGGAGCCCGAAGCCACGGAGGACCCGGACAUGUUCCGGAACGUGCGGCUCAGCUGGAUGGCCUGUGGAUGGACUUUGGCGACGACGCUGGCGUUGCUCCUCCACGUGAAGACCUCCGGCCGCGAGGUGGGCCGCGUGGGCCGCGAGGGCCGCGUGGAGAAGACGCGGCUGUUGCAGUUCAACGGCUGGCAAUUUGUGAUUUGCUGCAUAAUCAUUUGGCAUCAUUACUGCGAUCCAAGCAUCUUUAGCCAAUUGGCUUAUGCCUCAGUGACCUUCUUCGUCUUCUUCUCAGGCUUUAUCACCCAAUACGCCUAUGGAGACAAGAUGGCGGGGCCCAAGGCGAAUUUGAUUUCGUAUUACAUCCGACGCGUGGGGCGCGUUUUACCGAUCUACUACGGCAUUCACUUCAUGGUCCUUCUCUCCAAUGGCCAGUCUUGGAGUACGGACUUUCAGGGCUCCGUGCUGAUGCUGUGCACUUGGCACGGCUCGGCGCCCAGCAGCAACUUCCCUGCCUGGACGGUCUGUGCCUUGCUGUGGUGUUGGCUUUUUGCACCGCUUCCCUCCAAGCUCAUUUUUUGGGCCCGACAAAGCUUCGGGCACGGAGAGCUCUACAGCUUGACGCUGUGGUCGCUGCUGGUACUCUUGGGCGCACUGGAUGAGUUUUGGUCUCGCACAGCGCCCUUGGAUGAAGACAUGGACCUCGACUUCUGGUUCUACGAGACCAGGCACAACGUCUUCAUCUUCACCUUGGGCCUCUGCACCUGCGAGGUCGCCUUGUCUCUGCCGCCAGCCAAGGGCCCCUACAACUGGUUCUGGCCCGUGUGGUGUGAUGUCACACUGCUGGGUUUUCUGCUGCUCACCGCCAAGUGGAACUACGAGACGGGGCUCAGUGGCCUCUCCUGGGGCUCCAGCUUCUGGAGCGGCUGUUUCGCGCCUGUGGCGGUGUGGGUCCUGUCCUCCACUGUGGGGUACCAGUCCCUCCUGCAUCGACUCAGCAGCCAUCGUCUCCUCCAGAUGCUGGGUGACUACUCCAUGCAGAUCUACUUGUUGGCCAAUCCAGUGCAUGACCUGCUUCCCGAGACCGACCCGAUCUUCCUCUACGCCUCCAUCCUGGCGAUCUCCGUGGCGCUCACGGAUCUCCUGGAAGAGCCACUGCACCGGCGCUUGAAGACCUUCUCCGAUCGACUGCAACAGCCAGGUGGCGAGGAAGAGGAUCCCAGACUGUUGGCAGAUGCCUAG